UCCGCUCGGAUUGAGCGAUUACUCGGUUAUCAGCUCUAGCACGGGACCACUCGGCGAGCGAACGUUGGGCCAGCUCCGAAUCCGCGACACCUCGAAGCGUACUGGUCGUCGUAGAACCUAGGACAUCGUCGUGCCGCCUUGCUCGUCGACGAUCGCCAAGAUCGCCUCCAGUGAUCUCCUCGAGAUCUCUUCCAUGGUCUCUUCAACAUAUCGUCAAGAUCUCUUCAAGGUCUCUCCGAGGUAUCUCCGAGAUCUCUGCGAGACUCGUCCGUGACCUCUGCCGGAUCUCCUCGGGAUCUCUCGAAGACCGUUCCAAGAUCAGCUCAGAGUCAUCCGGUGAGGAUGAUCGUCGGGUGAAUUCGUACACGCAGGGUACAUCGGUGAAUAAAGGAAGGGGUAAGGAGGGGCCAGAGGAGCGAGGCCGAGGAUGUGCCAGCGCUGAUCGACGCAGCCUGUCGACCGCGAUAGUGCCGCGUGCCGAUUAAUUGUCCCAGGUGGUGGCCGACGGUUGUUGAGUGUGGGUGAUGAUAGAUGUGUUUCGCUCCCGUGUUACGUUCGCGUUGCCGCGUUGUGACCUGUUGCUGGUGAGAUCGCGCGCCCUCUCCGAGGCGUGACAGCCGCGGCAGAUCGGCCACCAGACGACCAAAGGAUAACCACGAGCAACAAUGUCCUCCAGGAUCCAUCAGCUGCUGGCGAUCCUCCUCUGCUAUCAAGCUUUCAGCUACAGCUUGAUAUUAGAGGAAGAGAAGGAGCCGAACUACCUGAACGCCGGCGUCGGAGAAUAUGCGGUGUUCAACUGCGACCUGGACUUUCCGCACGAGACGCCGAUCCCCUAUAUUCUGCGGUGGCAGCGCGAUAAUCGAACGGUGUAUUACUGGUACCACGGACAUCCGAUGGUGGGUCUGGGUUACGAGGGUCGCGUGCACCUCGUCGAAGACGCGGUGAGCCGCGGCUACGGCCUGGGCAGCAUCAACCUGACGAACAUCCGCGAGAGCGACCAAGGAUGGUACGAGUGCAAGGUGAUCUUCCCGAACAGGACGCCGAUCUCGCGGAACAACGGGACGUGGUUCCACCUCGCCAUCGAUGGUGCGUCGCCGUUUGGGACGUCUGUUCCAGGUGAAAAUAUCCUGGCGGUGCCGCCUGUCAACAAAACGAUCAUGGAGGGCGACUCUGUCAGCUUCGAAUGCGUCGCCAAAGGAGAGAAAUCGGUCAUCACGUGGUUCCGCGAGGGCACAGAGAUCUCGCAGAUCGAGGAUUUCACGAGGAGAGCGAAGGUCGCCGACAACGGGACGCUGAACAUCAAGAACGCAGCUAUGGGAGACCUAGGGGAGUACACCUGUACGGUGACGGGGGAGACUGGGGAGCAACAAAGUGCCUCGGCCUUCCUCAAUGUGCAGUUCAAGGCGAAGGUGAUCUACGCUCCUCGAGAAGUCUACCUUCCCUACGGGAAGCCGGCGCUUCUAGACUGCCACUUCAGGGCGAACCCUCCCAUGACGAACCUCCGUUGGGAGAAGGACGGAUUCCUGUUCGACCCGUACAACGUCCAGGGUGUGUUCUACAGACGGAACGGCUCCCUGUCCUUCAGCAAGGUGGACGAGACGCAUUCCGGCGCGUACACCUGCACGCCGUACAACGAGCUGGGCACCGAGGGUCCCAGCCCUACCAUCACAGUGAUCGUUCAGAGGCCGCCGGUGUUCACGGUGACCCCGCAGCAUCUGUACAUCAGGAAAUUAGGCGAGACCCUGGAGAUGCCGUGCGACGCCAAGGACGGCGACCAGGCGCAUCGACCUCAGAUCGUUUGGUACAAGGAUGGCUCGCCGGUCCCGCCCGACAGGACCAUUCUGAUCGGUGGCAAUUUAACGAUCGACAGGAUCCAAGUGCAGGAUAGAGGACUGUACCAGUGUGCAGCGAGCAACGAGGCCGCGACGGUGGUGGCCGACACGGAGCUUAUGGUGUUGAACGUUCCUCCGCGAGCACCGUACAAUUUGAGCGCCAACAGCAGCAACAACGCCGUCACUUUGACUUGGGUGCCGGGAUAUGUCAGGCCGAAAACGGAGUACUCCGUCUGGUACAGACCCACUGACACCACAGAAUGGAGGACGAUGAAGCUCGUGUCGAGGAAGAUCACCGAGGCGACCGUGAACAACCUGAACUCCGGAAGGGAGUACGAGUUCAUGGUGCUCAGCCAGGACAAGCACGGCGACGGGAUGUUCAGCAAAACCUUGCGGAUCUUCACGCAACCGCACAUGAUCGACGAGAACUCCGCGUCGGAAUACCGCAGUCCUCCAGACGAGAGAAUGGGACCGCCAGUGAACGUCAGAGUGCAGGCUACGGUGGAAGGAUACCUGGUCACUUGGGAGCCCCCUGCAUACGGCAAGGAGCAAGUUAGGCUAUACGCAGUUAGGUGGUUCCGUGGACCAUCCGAACGACUUUACGGGCGAGCGGAAACGACCGACACUUACUAUUUAGUGAAAGCUCUGGAAGAGGAGAGCUACUACACGUUCGAGGUGGCAGCGAUGUCGGUUACCGACGACGUGGCGACCAGCGACAGGAUCAGCCUCGAGGUACCGGCUUACCGUCGUAACCGGGCGAUUUCCAUGGGUAUCGUGGCCGGGAUCGGUUUCCUGGCAGCAGCCCUGGCCGCGAUAUGGUGGGCGAGGAAGCGUUUCUGUCACCCGCCGAACGAGAAAUAGGGGACGCGCCUGUCUUACUUAGGCGACGAGCCCACGCAUGCAGGCCAUCGUCGGCCACGGUCAGCGGCCCUCAGAAAAAAAAAACGUAGCGUUUUAGCCGAAUAGAAGAGAAGAAGAAGAAGAAGAAAAAGAGGAGGAAGAAAAAGAAGAAGAAGAAGAAGAGAUGAGACGGAGUAUCAGUGUCGUUUUCCAUGGGAUUCGGUGUCGCGGGAUAUCGUCGCGAGCGCGUUGUAACCGUUUACGAAUUAAGUUAUGUAAUAUAUUAUCACAUUAUACCGAAAUGGCUAUCGAUCCGCGUAGACGUAGAGGAACGGCGAAACCGGGCCGAGAGGAAACGGGCACGCCGAAGAGGAAUUUCGUAUCUGGGACGGUUACCAAUCUACUGCGUUUACGUACACAUCAGUUACAUACGAGUGUGUUCUCGCAUUGCAUCUCGUUACAUUAUGUAUCGUUUAAAAGCUUUAUUAGAUAAGUGUGCACGUUUAUUAAGGAUUAGUUCUGGCAUUUGGUCGUUAUUCGGCCACCAGGCCGCGCCAAACGGAGAAAGAGAUUGAGAGAGAGAGAGAGAGAGAGAGAGAGAGAGAGAAAGAGAGUGAGAGAGGCUCGCGAGUUUGGUGAAUUGGUCGAAGGAAAGUCGUCCGACUCGGCUAGGAUCCACGCAUAUAUGUAACACAUCCGAUACGUUUUUUCUAUUGUAAAUAAAUUGUGUCGAUUAUCUCUGCA